AUGGAUGCGCAUGCGCUUCUUUCCGCCCAAGGAUGGCGCGGAACAGGCCAUUCUCUACACAAAACGGACGACGCAAUUGGUCUGGCGAAGCCUCUACUACUCAAUCGAAAGACAAACACCAAGGGUCUUGGAAAUACAAAACACUUUACAAGCGAUCUAUGGUGGAUGGACGCCUUUGAUGAACAGCUCAAGGGCCUCGACACGUCAAAGAAAGGCAAAGUCGAGCAGACAGUCAAGACUGGGAAGCUCAAUGCGCUCGACCCUGGAAGUGUUUCAAAAUACUCCAUCUACGCCUCGUUCGUCCGGGGAGGCUUCCUUGAGGGAACACUCAGCACAUUGACGACGGACGACUCGACUAGCACGGAGUCUGAUGACAGCGACGCGAAGAAGAAGACAGAGUCCACGAGCACAAAACCCACGAAGUCGAAGAAAGAAACAAAGGAAGAGAAAAGAGCUCGGAAAGAGGAGAAGAGGAAACGGAAAGAGGCGCGAGCCCUAAGAAGAGCAGCAAAGCUCCAGAGAAGGUUGAAAAGAGCCGAGGCGAAGAAGGAUACGUCUGACUCCAGUAGUAGUGCGGCAGGGGACAAGGCGCUUAGGCGAGCUCAGAAGGAGGAAAAGCGAAGGAGGAAAGAAUUGAAGAAGAUGAAGGCCUCAUGA